UGUUAAAUCAAAUUACCAAGAAACCUACAAAAAAUUAAAACUCUCUCUCCUGAGAUUUCCAAGUAAAACCCUAGAAGCCAUUUUUACCUCUCUCUCAGAGAUUGAUCGUGGUUGUCUUCUCACUUCCAGAGAUGGCAGCUGAAUCAAAUGCUCCAUCAUCAGUUGAUCCACACAUUGUGGGGAAUGCGUUUGUUCAGAAAUAUUACAACCACUUAUAUGAAUCACCUGCCCAAGUCCAUAGAUUCUAUCUUGAGGACAGUGUGUUGGGCCGACCGGGUCCUGAUGGUGAAAUGGUUUCUGUCAAAUCCUUAAAAGCUAUCAAUGAUCAGCUGAUGUCCUUUGAUUACCAAAACUCGAAGAUCCAGAUUCUGACUGCUGAUUCACAAGCAUCUUACAAGGAUGGAGUUGUAACUCUGGUCACGGGUUUAAUAACUGGAAGAGACGGAGAAGGAAUGAGAUUUUCUCAAUCAUUUUUCCUUGUGCCCCAGAAAGGAAGCUACUUUGUACUGAACGAUGUGUUUAGGUAUGUAUCUGAUGAGUUGGCUGAACCAGAAGCUAGUAAUAAGGAGGUCAAGGAGAAUCCUCUAGUAAUCCAGUCUUCUGCCGAUGUUUCAGCAAAAGAACCUGUGGAGCCAGUAAAAGAAGCAGAAGAGCAAAUUAAUAUUCUCGAUCAACCUGAACCUGUAGUAAAACAGGUAAUGGAAACUUCAGUGAAAAGGCCAGAAGAUAUUACAGAAAAUGGAGAUGCCAAUGUCUCGGAGAAGAAAGUUGUGAACGAGAACAGCAACGGCCAUAAAGCUGCUCCCAAGAAAUCAUUUGCAGUAAUUGUUCAAUCUCUGGCCCAAAAUGUUACUCCUUUCCAUGUAAAAGCUUCUCCUGCUAAACCUAAGCCUGCCGAAAAAUCAAGCCUUGUUCCUGAACCUAACAUUCCUGUGCCAUUACCUGAAGAAACUCCUGCCAAAAGCGCUGAACAACCACAACCAGCCGAGGGUGGCUCUAUAUUCGUCGCAAACUUGCCAAUGGAUGCGACACCUGAGCAACUUCAUGAAACUUUCAAACAUUUCGGGGCUAUCAAACAAGACGGUAUUCAAGUCAGGAGUUACAAGCAAAAAUGGAACUGCUUCGGGUUUGUAGCAUUCGAAUCUGCUGAAGCGGUGAAAAAUGUUCUCCAGGCUUAUCACGAUUCUCCCAUCAGAAUCGGCAACAGGAGAGUUUCCAUAGAAGAAAAGCGAGCCAACGAAAACGGGAGACCUUCCGAGAGAAACAGGGGAUUUAGGAACGAGAACGGGUAUAGGCCCCGGGGAAACAACAUGAACGGAGGGCGAGGAGGGUAUGGGCGUAACGGGUACGAAAGACGGGUCGAGUUGCGAAACGGGGAAGCUCCUCCUAAUGGCAAACCUUAUCAGAAUGGUACACUUGACAACACUCAUCAAGCCUAAACAACACCACACCAGAGAGGUCAUCGUCUGCCUUUUUUUUUUUGGCUCAUUGAUUCAAGAAUCAGAAGGAUAUAUAGGUAGAGAAGAACGGGAUAAGUUUACGGGUUACAUUAUUAUUAUUAUUAUUAUUAUUAUUGGCAAGAAUCCUCCUCUUGUUUCUUGAGAUUUUUGUUCUUGUAUGGAUGGCCUUGACGAGAAUUGAUCCAAUUGCUGCCGCAGCUUCAUUUGUUUUUU